AUGGCCACCAUGAGUUUUCUGACUGCACUACCAUCUCAAUAUGCGGCUGCUCGAUCACAAAUUUUGUCAGGAGCUGACAUCCCCUCUCUUGAAGAAGCUUUCUCUCGUGUACUAAGAACUGAACAAAACCCUUCCUCAGCUCCCAUUCCACCUACUAGUGCAUUACUCAGUCAAGGCCAAAAUGACAAUCGAGGGCUCCCUAGUCGCAGUGGUCCGAAACCAGGAGGUGGUAACCAGGAGCCCAAGGAAGUGAUAUGUUACUACUGCAAGGAACUGGGACAUACUAAACGCACAUGUCGUAAACUGCAAAACAAACAACAACGACAGAGCUCUGCCCAUGUGGCCACAACAACCAGUGAUAUGGUUACUAUCUCAGCUGCUGAGUAUGCUCAAUUGAAAUCUGCAAAUCCCCCGGUGAGCACUACUAGUGCAACAGGAUCUUUUGACGAAGAAGAUUAUUGGUAG